AUGAUGGAUAGCAAAUAAUUCAACUAAGAGCCCUAUUAUUUUGAUGAAAUCUUAGUACACCAUUAUAAAUAUAUCUCAAUUUGUUUGGAUCAUCACUUGCAUCAUUAACCAGAUUAAUUAUUUCAUAGCAUAAAUUCAUAUGCCUCUGUAGAAGUUAAAGCAUUAAUGGAGAAGCUUGUUUCAAACUGGUGCAAGGAUCAAUCUUUGCCCCACUCUUAUAUUUGCCCACCAGAAACAAGACCUGGCAAGCUUAGCAUUUCUAGUGGUGAUACCAUUCCAGUUGUUGACCUUGGGGAAGCAUCAAUUCAUCGAAGUAAUACAAUUCAGAAAGUUUUGAAGGCUAGCCAAGAGUUUGGUUUUUUCCAGGUUGUUAACCAUGGAGUUUCUGAAAACGUAUUGAAUGACGCCAUGAACGUCGUCAAGGAAUUCUUUGAGAUGCCUAUGGAGGACAAGGCAAGCUUCUACUCCGAGGAUCCGAAUAACGUCUGCAGGCUUUACACAAGCAAUAUAAAUUACGGUUGUGAAAAGUUUCACUUUUGGCGUGACGCUUUGAAACACCCUUGUCAUCCUUUAGAGGAAUGCAUUAAACUUUGGCCUGAAAAGCCAACUAGAUACAGAGAGGUUAUCGGAACAUUUUCAGUUGAAGCAAAGAAUUUGGGUUUAAGAAUCCUGGAGUUGCUUUCUGGGGGCUUAGGGCUUGACUCUGGGCACUUGGAGGGGGAUCUGAGUGAAGCUCUGCUACUAGUGGCUAACCAUUACCCACCAUGUCCGGAUCCAAGCUUAACCCUUGGAUUACCUAAGCAUUGUGAUCCAAACCUCAUUACCAUUCUACUUCAAGGAGAUGCCUAUGGACUUCAAGUCUUCAAGGAUGGAGAAUGGAUUGGUGUUGAGCCUCUGCCUAAUGCAUUUGUAGUUAACUUAGGCCACCAGUUACGGAUUGUCAGCAACAACAAACUGAAAAGUGCUGAACAUCGCGUUGUGACCAACUCGGAGGUUGCUCGAACAACCGUUGGCUUGUUUAUCAGUUCUUCUGAUGAUAGCAUUAUAGAACCAGCAAAAUCUCUGACUAAUGCAGGCAACCCUCCACUAUAUAGAGCUUUUCAAUACAAAGAGUUUCUAAGUAGCUACUUCUCCACGGUGGGAGACACUGAGUUAGCCCUACGGCCUUUUAAGUUGCAAUUUAAUCAAAGCGUGAUUUAAUAUGGUACCAUAUAUAAUU